AUACCAGCACGACCCGCUUUUCAAAUAAUUGCCAUUGUCUGACCAGCAUUAGCCUAAUGGAUUUGGACUAGGUUAUACUUCAUAUUGUCUAUGAAAGAUAGACUUAGCAACGGUAAUUGUUGUCUCGUGAUAACGCUUUCCGGGGCCCAUGCACCCAACUAGUAUGGGGAUUCUAUAUAUGCUAUAAUUUUCCCGAGUUACAUAAAAAGUCUGUGAUAUGUCUAGCCGAUCGCGUCAAAGGCGCAAGCGUUUUAUCAGUGGGAGCACUUUGGAUGAGACCUCUUCCUGUCGUGCAAAGAAAAUGCUUAUAAGUACCGUACAUCAUUCCAAAUCCCAAUGUAAUGAGCAGCAUACCUCUUUACCGUCUUCACCAAAUUCUCCUUUUCUGGACUCCGCAAAUAUGCUAUUCCAUAAUUCUGAUAUCGGCUUGGGCACUUAUGUUAGUCGGAAGGAUAUUCCUGUCGAUCGUUCUGAUCCAGUUGAAGAUGAGAACUCAUUUUCCUCAAGCAUGUUUUCUGAAAAGCUUGUACAACCCGGACUAAAUCUGGUUCCUGAACCGUCAUCAACAAACGAACAUGACUCCGUAAGCCAUAAAAAUUCCUCUGUUCCUAACAAAAGUUUAUUAAAUUCCCGUCCGAGUACUAUACUGGAUGCUGAAUCCGAUAUCAACUUAGACAGAAUGUUGAUUCGGAGUGAAAGAAUGGUUUUAACGCCAACUCCAGUGGCAACAGACGAUCCAGGCAGUUCUGAGGGGGAGUACGAAAAUGAAAGUCGAGAAUCAACUUUGCAUCAAACUAAUCCUUCAGUUCGUCAUACCACCACAAGGAAUAUGACCAAUCAGUCUGGUUUGGCUAAUGUUCCGUCUAACCGAACUUUGGAACUUGUCGAAUCUGAGUCACAGGGAAGUAUUUAUUCCGACCCAGUUAAGGUUUCCGUUUUCGAUACAAUAUCUCAGUCUACAGAGUGCAGUUCUACUAGGUCUGGGAGCUUGUCAGCACUAAACUCUACUUUAACCAAACCCAGUGGAUUUGUGGAGUCAUCAACGCCGAAUUGUUUCGUUGCACUAGUUAAUUGUAGUCCUCCACUUCAAAUUCUCUCCAGUCAGAAAAUGCAUAAAACUGUUAGUUGUCAUCGAACUACUACUUGUUUUUCCGAAUCUUCAGUUUUACCAAAUAUGGAGAAUAUUGAGUAUCAUGAUUCUUCGGGUAGUAAUGGGAUGAUUGUAACGUGUGGUUCUCAUUGCUCUCACAGGAGCACAGAUGGAAGCCCCUAUAAAAAGGAAGCUGAAUCAAUAAAACAAAAUCCCUGUAAUUUCGAGAAACAACCUCAUGACUUUCAUCCAACAAUAAACGUGAACGACUUUUCAAGAGAAGCUCAACAUAAGAUUCUACUGAGGUCAGAGUCACUGUCAUCUUCAGUUUCACUCAGUAAUAACAAUUUUCUCCAUGAUAAAUUUCAGCUGACACAAAAGUCUGAUGAUAUCUCUUCAUUUCCUCCUGACCAUAUUUUUAUCAUCACUAUUCCAAAUUCUUCCGAGGUAUCACCUACUUUUGUUAAGAAAUGCAGAGAUUCUGGAAGUGGCUUCGAUACUCCCAUGUCUCAUAAUGUAAAUAAUAUCCCGAGUCCGGAAGUCGGUCACAGCUAUCCACUUCGAUCCCGCCUACGACAGGCAUCUUUGCGAUUGCAGUGGCAAGCCAUGCAAGUAGCUCCAAAGUCAUUUGGGCAGUUACCUACAGAAGUUGUGUUUCGCAUUAUCCAGUAUUUGAGCGUACAAGAUGUAUUUCGCCUUCAGCGUGUUAACCAUCGGUUCAAAUCUAUUAUUGAGCAGUAUCUUCUAUUAGUUAAACGUAUUAAUUUUAGUAAUGGCCUCCCGUUUGCAUUCUUGCCAGAUUCAAUCACUGACGUAGCUCUGAAACGCAUGCUAAGCCGUACGCCAGAAGUCACACAUAUUCUUGGCUUCUAUCCUCGUAAAAUAGCAGAAUCUUAUCCAUCCGACGGACAAUACUCGAACAUAGGUUCUGGUCAUAAUGCAUUAACCUACGGUGGGAUCAUCACAGCCUUUCGACUUUGUCCGAAACUCCGUUCAGUUGAAUUGAUGGAUGUCGAGUUGAUGAGUGAGUUAGUUCGACAUCUCCCGCGCAUCAAAUUUCACGGCAUGUUUCGAAACCGUCCAGAUUCUUGGGAUUGUGAAUACGCAGUUCCUCUGCCACCCGAACCGAAUGCUGAAAGUAUUCCAAUGGAUAGUGACCAUGACUCUAUGACAAGCGUUCCAAAUUCACGUGACGAGUUCCAUGUCGACUCAAAAUCCAAACCUCUUUUUGGCAGUUUUAUUAGCACGUUAUUUUGUUCCGCAACUGCUGUUUUAGCGGUGGGAAGUAGUCGUGGUAAGCGAAGAAAUUUAACUCGUUUAAAAUCUAAAAACCAAACAGGAUGUGCAUGUUCCGUGCAAUCACUCCAAUCUCUAAAUGCGGCAUUUUCAUUACCGUUAUGUAAGAAUGAAAACAGUCAGCCACUUACACAGAUGGCCGCACAAUCAGUCCAUAAUGUUGCUUUGCGUCAUACGAAUUUCGCAAAUUGGUUUGAACCUAUCGGUGAGUUGCCUCUUGGCCAAGGUUCACCUUCCACAGUGCCUCACUUUCUUCCAUCUCGGCUGUUCACUGCAUUUAAUGGUGGUCCUAGUUUCCCUCCCGCCCACGAGAAUAUCCCGAAUAAUUCUGCCCCACCUAUGGAGCAGGACUGUUACUCCAACGCCAUAGAAUCUUUACGCAAUAUAGCUGUUUCACAUUUCCUGCAGCCUGGUUUACCACCUAUUGAAGCUGAGCUAAUUGCUGUGGCUCCCUUUGGCUAUUCUCGAUGUUCUUUACAUGGUGUAGGAUCUGGUCGAAACAGCAUUCGUAAUGCUCAUGGUCCAGUCUUAGCAUUUGCCUUCGGGGCUAUAUUCGUCCCACCACAAGCAGUUUCGCCGUUCAUUUUGCCAUCCAAUAACGCGUCAAACUGCCGCUUUAUCGAUGCAAGACAGUAUAAUGCCGUCAUAUUGGGAGCUAACUUACUGCGCGGAGCACAAGGACCUCAUCUUGCCUUUGAGCGUAUAUUAAACUUCCCGCAAAAUGUUAAUCAAAAUAAUGCUCCACGUCAAGUGCAGCUGCACGAUCAAGUAGGAGGGCGAAACCAACAGAGACAACACCCUCAACGUUUUCGUCGACCACGUACAAGCAUAACAAGCUUGAAUGCCUCUGGACCAUGGUUGGUCUCCCCAUUUCCCAGUCAACUACAAUGGAUUAUUUUACCCCACGCUAUUACAAAUCUAACCAAACUAGAUCUAGUUUCUGUCGCAAUUAGCGCUAUUCCACGACUAGACAAUAUUAAAUAUCUACAUCUUAAAUGGGUUGUAUUUGCUUCAGCUGACCCAUUCUUCAGUUUUUUGGCACCGAAAUUACAAUCAUUUGUCAUGAACAACUGUAGUACACCAUCAAGAGUUGUUCGAUUUGUUCGUAUUUUCUCGGCUCUUUCACGGGCUCCUCAGCUUACGCGGCUUGAGUUAGUUGGUACACGCUUCAUUGAUGGUCUAAUUGGACACAUAAUUGAUGAUAAUAUGUCACAUGGGCGCGGAUUUCGUAAUCUUCAGCGUUUGGUGCUUUCUAGCAACAAAGAUGCAUCUGAAGUAGAUAUUGGAUUGCUUCUGCUGGCUGGUCAACAGUCUUUGAAUCAAGUAGCUCUCCAAAUGCUUCAUACACGAAAUUCAUUAUUUGAAGGUCUUUAUCAUGCCGGUGCUGAAUUUCCACGUCUUGAGAGUCUUACUCUUGGUUAUUUAGAUCCUUACCAGUCACGUUUAACAGUUUCUGAACUGAUGAGUUUAGGUAUUGGGGAAUCAUCUGAUCAUUUGUCACCUAUUUGUAUGAUAACCGAUUGGGGUAUGGCGCUUGCAUUUUUCAUCUGUCCUCGACUUGUAAAUAUUAUCAUUCGAAAUGCACCAUAUUUAAAUGAUAUAACACGAUGGUUUUCUGCUGGAUUUUGUGAUGAAGAAUCACUCCACAUUCGACCGACAAUUAUACCUUCAGCUAGCGAGGAUUCUACUCAACCAACUGCCGACUGUCAAGAAAAUUCCACACAAACUUGUGUAACAGACAAAAUUUCAAAAACCUAUUUCUUACCUCUACGAUCACUAACGUUGGAAAACUGUUCUGGAAUAUCAAUUGAAAAUCUUGAACGUGUUUUGAUUAGUGGACAUCCUUUCCCAUGUUUAGAAACUGUCGUCUUAAGAAAUAUGUUUACACCUCAAUACGGUGAGAACAAAGGCUUCAUGAGUACACCGCAUCUUUUUGUUGAUCAACAUGAUCAAUCUGUUACUGAACAAUGUAUAGAUUGGCGUAAACUUGUUCACCUUUUAUGUUUAUCAGAUUUACUAAGUACUUGUCGACUGGGCUAUUCUCCUUUAUCACCUGAAGACUGUAUUGGCUUAGGUGCAUCCGCUAGAGAAGUAAUUCAUAUGAAUCCACCACGUGGUUUUCUACCAGAUUCUUUACGAACAAAACCACAUGAUUUAUUUUGUUCACUUCGAGCUCAUACCUACUUAAAUAGUCUGUUGGAAUUAGACGGUUCCUGUGGUCGGUCAAUGUCAGCACCAACCAGAGUGUUUAAAACGCUGUUUUCACACAACGUGCAUAUCCCCGUGUCAGAUGGUCCCGAACGAUAUCCCAGUAAACCGGAUGACGAUAAUGAUUUUAUGUCUCGUUCUACGCAAACAUGCAUUUGCGGUGUAUUAGAAUGGGAUGUUACUCUAAGGAUGUCGCAGUCACAAUUGGCUACUGAUCAAAAAAUUGUGAGAAGUAAACUUAUUUCUCCUGACAACUCAAAAAGCAAUCAAAAUUGCCUCCAUGUACGUAUUGACACCGAAACUAAUCGAAAUACUGUCCCAAGUACCAGUUCACAAUCCGGAAAGACAUUACUGUUACGUUCACCAGUAAAUCAAAAUAAUGCUUUUACUCCGAUAACGUCUCAGUUGCAACUUGGUGGUUCUUUAUCAUUUCAUCCUUUUCCUCCUUCGGUUCAGCAUAAAAAUUUCUAUAGGAUGAUUACUAUGUCAGAAUGGAAUCAGUUGAUUGUCAAAAUGUCUACACCAUUUGGUCUUCCGUGUUGUCAGAUUAUUUACCCUGUGACUGGUUCAAAUGAGUGCUCAGGGUGUGCUUCUGAUUCACUGCUUUUUUCUCAGGGUAUUUCAAACUAUCAAAUAUCUGCUCCUUGUAAAUUAGUUAAACAGUCUAGUCACACUGCUACAAAAUGGUUAGCUCGUGAUGCAUGUAUAGAUACCAGUGAAUUAAGAUGUUUUACAUUGCCAAAACCACAAAUCCUCAAUGUUUUACAACCAUUGAAUGCUAUUCAUAGUUGUUUAACUUCAAUACACUUUGAAAAAGUUGGGAUUUCCCAUAUAAAUUUGUGCGAAUCUCCACACUUAAAAAAUAUCACUUUAGAAAAUUGUACUGAACUAAAAGCUAUCAUAUUCGACAAUCAUUCUUCACUAGUUGAUUGUUCUAAUCAUCAGGAUAAUGUCAACUGCAAAGUUAUCGAUCGAUUUCCAGCACUUCGGCGUAUUCGAAUAAUUAAUUGUCCAAAGUUUGCGAUCUAUAAUUUCUUAUCCAGUGUUGGUAAACUUUACCCUACACACAAUGAAAAUAUAUCUAUAACAUACAGACCAUUUGGACAAUAUAAUACUCAGGUAGAGCGAGCAUUAUGGGAUUAUUGUCAGCAUGCUCACAUACUUAUUUCACAUGACUACAAAGUUUGGGAAAGUGAACGUGCCAUGGAAGAUUUUCAUUCUACGUUUGAUCAGUUGUUUAGAGAAGUGAUCAGUUUCUCAGAGUAAGUUUAUAUUUAGCGUGUGUGCAACCCAGUGAAAAUGUUUGCUGAAAUGAUGAUCUACUGUAGAUGACUUUAACUGUAUGGAAAACGUUCAUUGAAACGAUAAUCUUAAAUCCUACUUUUAAAUUUUAAAAAUAUAUAUCUGAUAAGUCGAGAUAAGAAGGCGAAUUGACGUUUUUUCGUAUCUCUGUGUCAUAUUUUAUGACUUUUUAUGGGACCCUAACCAGGUAGUCAUGAAGGGCCGACAGAUAGCAUUCCUGUGCAGCUUUGUUGCAGACCGCAAAACCAUUUCACAGACUGAUCACUUCUCCGCUUUUUUCAAUUAGUCCCAGCGUCUACUAAUAAUGAACAAUAUGGGAUUCACUGGGAUGACAAUCUUAGUACAUGUCCAAGUCACCGAAGUCGGUGUUUCAAGAUAUUGAUAUAAAUUGAAUUAUCAUCACUGUACCUGAACACACGUUGACAAGCCCCUGCUGUAAUAACAUGGUGCUACCAUUGAAUGUUAGCAACCAGCCCAACGAGUCAGCUCUGUGUCCUCAUUAGUCCUCUGUAUAGUAGCUUUUCGCCUAACCCACCCCAGUUCGGUCCAGAAUACAAAUAUCAGCCUCCGCUACAUGCAUCGUAUAUUUUAUACAUACGUAUUUUAUGUACAAGCAGACCAGACUGCAUCACACCAUAUAACAAAAAAAAUUAUACAAGAUCAAGCCAAAAGUGAUUAUGAGCGUGGGUUACUGUAACUGAUAGAUUGGGAAUAAGUUAAGAAUGGUAAAUCCUAUAACAGUAAGCAAUAGAUCGAGUAUAUAUAGCAUUCAACUUCCGACUAAUCAGUGACUCGAGAUCGUUUAAGUGGAACAGGAUUUCCGUAGUAGUGCAGCUGCUGUACGAGUUGAAGAAUUAUAGAAUGUACAAUAUGGGAGUGAAGAAAUAAACAAGUUGCUUAAUGUAAAACGAAACCGAGUAUUAACAAGUAGUUUCGAUUAUGACUUGUGAGAAUAGGAAUUAAAGCGCAAAUAGUUUUCCUAUUUGUAUUCAUCAUUUCGUUUGUGUGUGGGCUGGGAUACUGCCCGGAUGCCCAGACCGAAGCGAAGCAGGUGGCUUUUUUAGGAAGCGAAUCCUCGGGCCUUUGGCAUAGAGAUAUAAUCCACAUGGCAGUGGAACAGUGUUAGGAAAUGCGGUCCUAUGAUAGCUGUUGACCAAGAAUAAGUUCAUACUCUCUUUGUUCCCUCAGAAUCCUGAAGCCUAUGUAGAUCAUUGGUUUGGAAUCAUGGUUUUUUAACUCCUCAAGGUGGAUUUUGCGAAACCACACGUGCUUUUACAAUAACUUAUAUGGUAGUAAUUGAUCGUGGAUUGUGUAAUAAAAUAGUAUGUAAAUAAAUGUGUUUGUUUUCAUGAUGGCGUUCAUGGAUGAAUCCAUUGGGGACGUUUUUUCGAGUCUUCAGUGCACCGAUCUUUGCUUUUUUAAUUCGUUUUCUGAGAACUGCGGUGGUUCUCGUUUCCAAGUAUAACUAGUGGGCUUGUGGAUACUACAAUUUUCUGGACAUUAAGUAAAUAACCUAUAACACUAUCGUCAAUUAACUCAAAGUUCAUUGGUUGAAAUUUUUGUCCUUGAGUACUUAUCCGACCUUCCUCCAAUUAUGUUUGAAUUAUCGUUCUGAAUAGCCUCACUUUUCUAGUGAUGUAAUCCACUCAAUUCUGUUUUAUGGUAUGAUCCCACAAGGUAUUUAAGACUUGUCAGACAUCGAUUUUAAUUUUUCCAUAUUCUUUUUGGUUCUUCAGUCCUGCUAGUCUGGAAGAUUUCUUGAAUGAAAAUGAAGUUAGAUGUUUUAAUGCUUAGAUAAACUGUUCAUUAUCCAGUAGGAUUAUGUGUUGCAUCUGAUCUCACAUGCUUCAGUGCUUAACAGUUAUGCGUUUACUUUUCAAUAGACGUGAUGCAUUUAAAAUCUAGCAAUCUUAUUUAAUAUUAGAUUAUAACUUUUGAUUAUCAAUAGACAGAAGUUGGAAAAAGUUAGAUAUGCAAUUCAUCUUUAAUUAGUAUAGCGAUAAUCCUGGUUUCAUUGUCUGAAUAUAUAUGUGGUUGGUAAUCUAGAGUUCGCAUACAAAUUAUUUACUUAAAUUUUCAGUUGUAUUUACUAUCACUAAAUUGUCUUUCAUUUUAUUUAUGUAAUUCAUAAAACGUCUUGUACAACCGGGAACCAAAAAUAGCAUACUUACUUACUUUGACCUGUUACUCCUCGUGGAGGAACAUGUACCGCCCACCAGCAUUCUCCAUCCAAUCCUGUCCUGCGCAAUCAUUUGCAGUUCUUUCUAAUUGCUGCCCAUCCUUUCUACAUCUACUUCUAUUUGCCGACGUAAUGUGUUCUUUGACCUUCCUCUUUUUCUCUUCCCUUCAGGAUUCCAAAUUAGGGCUUGCCUCGUGAUGUAUUUUAGUGAUUUCCUCAAUACAUAUCUUAUUCGCUUCCUUUGUGUAUGCUGGAGCCUAUUGAGUCAGAGGCUGAUGUUAAAUUAGUUGUCUUCGUCUGUAUUUGUUCGUGUGUACGGAUAGGAGGGCUAGGUCAUCUGUGAAGUCCAAAUAGAUUAAUUGACUCUGAGAUGUCCACUGUAUUCCGUGCUUCCCCACAUGUGUCGAGGUCUUCAUAAUCCAGUUAAUCACCAGAAGAAAGAGGAAGGGGAAGAGUAGACAGCCUUGCCUGACUCCGGUCCUUACUGAAAAUACAUCUGUCAGCUGUUCGCCAUGCACAAAUUUGCAGUGUGGUCCAUUGUAUGGAUUUUGGAUGAUUUUGACAAUCUUCUCAGGAACUCCAUAGUGCUUAAGAAGUUUCCAUAAUGUUCUCCCGUCCACACUGUCAAACGCCUUCUCAUAGUCAAUGAAAUUGAUGUAUAGUGACAAGUUCCACCCAACUGAUUGUUCGACGAUGAUCCGUAGCGUCACAAUUCGGACUGUGCACGACCGAUCAUUACGGAAUCCAGUCUGUUGAUAUCGAAGUUGAGCGUCUACUGCGUCUUUCAUCCGGCUCAGCAAAACUCUGUUGAAGACUUUUCUUGGUACUGACAACAGUGUGACGCCUCUGUAAUUCUCACAUUUGCUCAGAUCUCCAUUCUUUCGUAUCUUGAUGAGUUCUUCCUCCCAAAUCUUCUUGAAUAGAAGGUGAAGCAUGUUUACAGUUACUUCAAUGUCUGACUUCAGUGCUUCAUCUGGUAUAUUGUCAGAUCCUUCCGCUUCCUUCUCUUGAUUCUGAGGCUCUAAACUUAUAACUUUGUGGAAACGUUUUGAGAGAAUAAGUUGACACACUUUCGACUAUAACAAUGCAUUCUAGGACCUUACUUCGAUUAUUAUUUUUUUAAAAUAAUUUUUCCUCAUCUAACAGAAGAGAAUGAUAUAUGUAAAUCUUAAUCUAUCAAUUACUGAACCGAGGCAUCUGUUUGUGUGUUUCAACUUCAAAGUUUAGUAUAUAAUGCAUUUUUUAUUUUACACUGUCAUGUAGUAUGGUUAUUCGUCGAGACCUCCUACCUGUGUAUCCUCAUCCCAUGGAAUACAUACAAAAUUCAUUUUAUAAACGCUGUGAACUUGGUUUUGAGUGGGAUUUUAUUACAGAUAUACCAUGGGUUCAUGAAGUAUGUUGUUCUCUUCUUAAAAAUAGUGAACAACAUCGAUCUGAUCAAGCUGAUCAACUUUAUGAAUUACUGUCGGAAUAUCAAGCAGCAUCAGAAAAUUUGAAAAUUCAACGACAUGGUAUACAUUAUCAUGUGCAAUUUCGAAAUGUUCACUCGCACAUUGAUAUGUGUAAUAAUGAUUCGUCGAGUAUGAGAGACAAUGAUAGCUUAAAUUAUUUCUUAAAGCGUAAACCUACUUCUUAUAUUAACUGGCCAUAUUCUGAAAAUAAUUUACUUUCUACCUAUCCUUCUGAUGAUCUCAAUGCAAUGAAGAAUAUCUUAAAAGAAAACCGCCCAUCUUUUGUUCAGAAUAUGUCUUCAGACAAUUGUUCACAAGCAACAAUAAUUAAAGAUGAUAAUAAUAUUGAAUUUUUACCUUGGAAACGUUUAUUACUAUCACAAGAAGAAAUAUUUAGUGCUGAAUUUGUGAAUCGUGACAAAUCAUCAAGCUUAGCAUCAUUCCCUAAUAAUAUUAAACCUUUAUCUAAACAAAAUUCUUUAUCCCAUUUGUCAAAUGUCAUUAUGAAUAAAUCAUUUUCAACGUCUGAUAAUCGUUCAAAAAAAUUUACCCCAUCUUCCACUUCGAAUUUUUCCUCAUCUCCCACGUCCCGACAACAAUCAUCAUCCAUAUCUUCUUCUGCAAUAACUACUAUAUGUGAUCAUUCUACUUUAAUUUCAUCCUCCCGUAAACGUUCACUUCCUCCAACUAAAUUAUUUUCGAAUUCUUGUAAAAAGUUUAAGUUAAAACAGUGAUUAUCUCAUUUCCUUUAAUGGUUUGUAUGUAUGUUUGUUUCUCAGUUUUUAUGCUUGUGCGUAGACGCAUGUAUGUACUUAACUGUUUCUUACCUAUCAUAUCCUCUCUGAUUCACUCUCUCUUUACUUAUUUACACUAUUUCUUAUUACACCUAUAUCUUGUGCUCUUCUCUUAUUAAAACUCUUUGUUAUCAAUUCUGUGUUCCUUAAUAAACAAACACAUAAAAUUGUAUACAGUUGUUGAGUUCUCUUUAUUGUCGUAUUUAUAAUACCUUUUGUCCCACACAUUCAUGCACACUCUUUUUAUUUGAUUACCGUCCCGCUCCGCAUCUCGACAUAAUCAUCACGUUUAAAAUGUAUUGUACAUUGAUGAUGAAUAAUAGUAAUAUUGUUAUUAUUAUUACUGUUACUAUUAUUAUUAAUAUUAAUCUCAGCCACACUAUUAAGCUACUUGUUUAACAAUGCGAUUUAUAUUGGACCAAAUAUAUUUUCAAACCAUAUAUAU